AUGAAACUGUCCAAACCGUUAACCAACCGCAUUAUAGAUCAGCUCGCCGCCGCCAUGAUCCAGAACCGGCCAUUCGACGCCGUACUCGCCUCUUCAACACUCACGAAUCCAUGGAAUCAUCAGCUCGUCUCCGAUAUCCUCCGCUCUAUCCCCAGAUUCUUCUUCAUUUCCCCACGUUCCAUCGGUAGCCAAAAAGGUUUUCGUCACCGGUCACCGUUAAAACAAAGAAACCUCCGUGACGAAUCAGUAAGACGCCGUCUCGAAGUCCUGGUUCUAGGUCCCGGCGCGUAUAUAGAUCCUAAGAAAGUAUCUCUCGGUUUACAGAAAGCAACGGAGUUCUUCUUUUGGAUCGAGACACACUUCGGUUUCGAACAUAAUGAGAUCACUUGCAGAGACAUGGCGUGUUUGUUCGCCAAAGGAAACGACUUUAAAGGUCUCUGGGAGUUUCUACGCCAAGUCUCGAGACGGGAGAAGGGAGGGAAUGUGGUGACGACAUCGUCUAUAACCUGUUUGAUGAAAUGCCUAGGAGAAGAAGGUUUUGUGAAAGAGGCGUUAGCUAUGUUUUAUAGGAUGAAAGAGUAUCAUUGCAAACCUGAUGUUUAUGCUUACAAUACAAUCAUCAACGCUCUUUGCAGAGUAGGGAACUUUAAAAAGGCUCGGUUUCUGUUGGAUCAGAUGCAGUUACCGGGGUUUCGAUACCCGCCGGAUGCGUAUACUUACACUAUUUUGAUAAGUGCGUACUGUAGAUAUGGGAUGCAAACGGGAUGCAGGAAGGCGAUAAGGAGGAGAAUGUGGGAAGCUAACAGAAUGUUUCGUGAAAUGCUCUUUAGAGGGUUUGCUCCUGAUGUGGUUACUUACAACUGCUUGAUCGAUGGAUGCUGUAAAACGAACAGGAUUGGUCGGGCUUUGGAGUUGUUUGAAGAUAUGAAGAAGAGAGAGUGUGUCCCCAACCAGGUGACGUAUAAUUCUUUCAUAAGGUAUUACAGUGUGACUAAUGAGAUAGAACGUGGGAUUGAGAUGAUGAGGACGAUGGAGAAGAUGGGACACGGUGUAGCUGGCUCAAGUACGUACACGCCGUUGAUACACGCUCUUGUUGAGACCGGGAGAGUGGCUGAGGCUCGGGAUUUGGUGGUGGAGAUGGUGGAGGCCGGGUUGGUUCCGAGGGAGUAUACAUAUAAGUUGGUGUUGGAUGCUUUGAGUUCAGAAGGAAUGGUGGGUACACUUGAUGAAGAGGUGCGUAAGAGAAUGAGAGAAGGAAUAGACCAGAGAUGUAGAAGAGUGAUGAAGAUCAAACCCGUCAUGGCUCGUAAAGAGGUGGUAUUUUCACAAGAUCCAUGA